UCUAUUCUAUAGCCUGUGGUUAAACUCUUUUUUUUCAAAGAGAAGCUUCAAGCUUGUUCAAUUUCUCUUUGUUAAUUUUAAGUAAUUUUGCUUAGUUAAAGUAUGAAAUUGUGAUAUUUAAUUAGUUAUUCGCUCAACUAAAGUUGUAGCAAUAAGUUACUGAAACCCAGUUACCUGAAGUAGGAAUCCUCAUUUAUUUCCGUCUGUGACAGAUCGAUUAGGCGUACUUGGCUAAAACUAAAAUUGUAGGUUAUACAGUUUAAUUUAUAGUGUUUUUUGCUCGUGUUCUCUCUCUAUUCUUUUAAAAAUGGAAAGCAUGGAUGUGGCGCAAGAGAGUACAUCGACUGCAACAACGCCUGCGACGGAAAAUGGACCAGAUAAGAAUGUGACUGCGGAGGAAAUGACCUCGCGGGACUAUUAUUUCGAUUCGUACGCUCACUUCGGUAUCCAUGAAGAGAUGCUAAAAGACGAGGUCCGGACCCUCACGUAUAGGAAUGCUAUGUACCACAAUAAGCAUCUAUUCAAGGGAAAAACUGUGUUAGACAUAGGAUGUGGAACUGGCAUCCUCUCCAUGUUCGCAGCCAAGGCAGGUGCAGCGAGGGUCAUAGCUGUAGAGUGCUCCAACAUAGUGGACUAUGCUCGCAAAAUCAUUGAGGCUAAUAGACUUAGUGAUGUCAUAGAAAUUGUUAAAGGGAAGGUGGAAGAAGUAGAACUGCCAGUAGAGAAGGUGGACAUAAUAAUAUCGGAGUGGAUGGGCUACUGCUUAUUCUAUGAAAGCAUGCUGGAUACAGUGCUGUAUGCACGCGACAAAUGGCUCCACCCAGAAGGCAUGCUGUUCCCCGAUAGGUGCACACUAUUCAUCUGCGGCAUUGAGGACCGUCAGUACAAGGAUGAGAAAAUCAACUGGUGGGAUGAUGUUUAUGGUUUUGACAUGUCCUCAAUCAGGAAGGUGGCCAUUUCAGAGCCCCUUGUUGAUGUGGUUGAUGCCAAACAGGUGGUGACAAACUCCUGUCUUCUGAAAGAAAUAGAUUUAUACACAGUCAAGAAGGAAGAUCUGAACUUCGAAGCGAAGUUUCAUCUUUCGGUUCGCCGCAACGACUUCAUCCAGGCUCUGGUGACCUUCUUCACGGUGGAGUUCACCAAGUCGCACAAGCGGCUGGGCUUCAGCACGGCUCCCGAGGCGCCGUACACGCACUGGAAGCAAACUGUCUUUUACUUCGACGAGUACAUGACUGUAAAGAAGGGCGAGGAGAUUAUGGGCACAUUCUCGAUGCGGCAGAACGCUCGCAACAACCGCGAUCUGGACUUCGAGCUUGAGAUAGCGUUCAAGGGGGAGCUGUGCCAGGUCCAGGAGAAGAACCACUACCGGAUGCGCUGAGACCUGGCCGCCCUGUACUGGACACUGGACGCUGUGACCCUAAACAAUAUGAUUGUGAAUACACUACUUUUUAUAGUUUUUAAUGUUAAGCAGUGGCGUGCAUACAAUGUAUGCAAUGGUAAUACAGGUAAAUGAUAUAAAAUGGGAAAAAAAUCUCCAGUACGAGUCAUAAAUACUUCAUUGUAGCCAUUAUAUGAGUUAUAAAAAGUACUACCGUACGGUGCUACAGUGUUUAUAACUCGUACUGAAGAUUUUUUUUUAUUUUAUACUACCCUGUACGCCACUAAUGUUAAGUACCGUCUUACCCGCAAGUGCGUUGCCUACGGCUCAUGCGUUAUACAACAGUCAACUCACAUUUGUUUCGCUAAGUUAUUGUUCUCUUUGGUUAUUGGUCUAAAUCGAGACCUUUCAUCGCCAUACAUCCAGUGUACAAUUUAUUCCGGAUACUUUAUUUUUCAACACAAUAUGAUUGUGGAGUUAAGCUGGCUUUUAUGAUAUAGGAUUUCUGCAGUCGUUGGUGAUCGAAGCUUAAACGGACUAACGCUAAAUUCUCUUUCAAACCAUCCAUACAUUUUUCGACUUUUAUCAAUGUUUCCUAACCAGCGCAAGGGUUUGGUCUAGGUUCGAUCUCUCGAUUUGCAGUUGAAAUUAAUCGAAUCCUUUCGUAAAUUUGCUUCAGUUCCCAACGUAAAGUUUGUAUAAUAACAGUGCCUGGUGUGAUUACUACCAACGUUUUCUUAUCGCGCGAAAGUUAACAAGGAUUUGUAUGGAAUCAAAUACAAAUAUGUACUAGAAAAUUGUGUUGUCACUGGAUAGCCCAUUUUUGAUUCAAUACAAAUCUUAGUUAACUUUCACGAAAAAGUUAAAUACGGAAACGUAGGUAGAAAAUCUUACACUAGGCAACUAGUAGUACCUACUUAAUCUACUACCUUAAAUUUAAUAACUUCAGGUCCAUUUUACUGUGUAUAUUCGAUAUUAGAAUUCAUUUAUGAACGUGCUCAAACCUCUUAGUAACGUUACUGGUGAUAUUUUAACGUAUUUUACAAUCAUAUUGCGUUGGGAGUCAAAGUUAAUUGGAACCUCAGCUUAGGAGUUACGUCUCAAUAUUACACUGUUAUAAUUAUGGCCAAAACGCAGUUAUUGAACAAUUAAAAAAACUAUUUUUAUUGCACAGAAAACUAUACUCUAAAUUGAGUCCAAAAUAGACAGCCUCGCCUCAGUUUGAUCGGAACUUUACUUCGAGAGAUAUGAGAGUAAAAUUUUGUGUGCAAAAGAAUCUGUACCAUAAACCGAUCCUAACGGAAAACUAGAUUUAAAGUUAACUAAUGUAGCAAAAUGUACUAUUUUGCAGUAUUUUUUAAAUUGUAAGAAAUAGGUUUUGUAUCUUUAACGAUGUAAGUGUAACUACUUUUUACGAUUUUGUCGCCAUUUUUGUUUUUUAUCGAUUGUAAAGGUGACUGGUUUUAGCGCACACGGUGACGUGGCACAGCGCAAAUGUCAUCUUAUAGUAUAACUAAACUUCUAAGGCGAUGACAGCAUAACUUUGCCAUGACGGGUGCCCUGUCACCGUAUACGUUAAGUCAGGUUAAGCCUUAAUAAUUCUAUAUAUUUAAUGAUCUGUAGUAGGUGUGUCCGCCUUUAUUGUCUAUUGUAGGGAAAUUCGUUGGAGUUAAAAAAUUGAGCUUUAAAGCGUGCUGUUUUUAUUAGGGCGCAAUUACAUUGGACGAAAGAUAAGAUAGUUUAAAUUAGCCGGCCUAUAGAACGCGGGAAUUCCCCGCAGGCGGGGUACCGACCAAUGAAAUGCAUUCCCUAACAACCAAUGAAAAUAUUUCUUCGAAUUUUAGUCUUAGGGUGUGUUUUCAAAAUUUCCCGUAUUCCGUAAAUGUUUCUGCUCGAUCAAUAAAAAAUAGUUCCUGAAAUGCAAGCCAUGUUUUUCCCCGUGCUUGGAAGUCCCUGUCAUCAUCGAUAGCCUAUGACAGUCCACUGCUGAACUAAAGGCCUCUCCCAAAGGGAGGGUUUGCCCGUAAUCACCACGCAGAUGGGCAGGUUGGUUCAUAUCAAUGAAUAUACAUAUUUCCUGAAAUGAAGACAUGGUAUGCGAUUUACAAAUCCUCUGAAAGCUUUUCCUAUCGUCCAAUUGAACGCGCCCUUAUAGAAAACAACCAAAAUAUGGGCCUUUUACAGCAGGGACUGUACUUACUGAAUGUUGCCCUUUGCAAUAUUUUGGAGAAAAAGCCGUCAUAACUAAUGUACGGGUACAAAGUCUGCAUGCAUGCAUAAUUUACUUCAUUGGCUAUAUAAUAUGCAGUUUUAUAUCGCUUGCUAUUCUGAAUAACUGACCAAUUUAAUAAUUUACUUUCAUAAUAUAGCUAUUUUAUUGUCUUACCCUUGAACUUAAAAAAUGUAGUAACUACAAAUUCACAAAUAAUAUUUUAAUCUGUGACCCAAUGUCGACAAUAAUUUUCGUCGACCUCCCUGGCGCAAUGGUGCGAACUGAUCUUAUAAAGUGGGAGGUGUUAUGGUCGAUCCCAGCAUUUGGCAAUUUAUAGUCUAAUAGUAUAUUGUCUGUCCUUGUAAAAUCUGUCAUAACCUGACUGUUAUUCCACUAUCAUCUCGGACAGCACCACCACUUAAAACCAGGUGAAAGUGCAGUCAAGUGCUAGCCUUGAAUGCAGUAAAAAAAAAAAAUAAUCUUCCUUGGGAACAAGUAAAACAUGAACAACGAACUUGGUUUAUCUCUUCGCAGUGAAUUUUUUUUGGCUAUAUUGUGUCGCCAAUGAAGUUAAGGUAUAUUAGAUUUUAUCAAAUGUACAACAAUUAUUAUAAGGAAUAAAAAAUUGCGAUAAAAUACU